CGGCGGCGCGCCGGCAGCGGGAGAGGACCCCGUCGCGACCGCGUCCCUGCGGGUCCUUGAGCCGGUGCAGACCGCGGAGCCAUGGCCUUGAGGUUCCUGAGACUUGUCCCCGCGUCCGCGGCUUCGCGGGGUCUCGCGGCGGUCGCCCCGCGCGUGGGAGGAAUUCAUACAAGCGUCCAGCACAAGCUGCAGUAUGGCCCGUUGGCGUACAUACUCGGUGAAAAAACAACCAAAAAGAUGACAGAAAGCAGCAAACUGAUAACUGUAGAUGGCAACAUAUGUUCUGGAAAAAGCAAGCUUGCCAAAGAAGUGGCAGAGAAACUAGGCCUGAAGCACUUUCCCGAGGCGGGGAUCCACUAUGCGGACAGCACCACGGGGGACGGGAAGCCCCUGCCUGUGCGGUUCAGUGGCAACUGCAGUUUGGAGAAGUUUUACGACGACCCGAAAAGCAACGAUGGCAACAGCUACCGCCUGCAGGCCUGGCUGUACGCCAGCCGCCUGCUGCAGUACGCGGACGCCCUGGAGCACCUGCUGAGCACAGGACAGGGUGUGGUGUUGGAGCGCUCCAUCUACAGUGACUUUGUCUUCCUGGAGGCGAUGUACCGACAAGGCUUCAUCCGGAAGCAGUGUGUGGACCACUACAACCAGGUGAAGAAGGUCACCAUCUGUGAGUACCUGCCCCCCCAUGUGGUCAUCUACGUGGACGUGCCGGUCUCCGAGGUGCAGAGCCGGAUCCAGAAGAAGGGAAACCCACACGAGAUGAAGAUCACCUCCGCCUACCUUCAGGACAUCGAGAAUGUCUAUAAGGGGGCCUUCCUGCCCGAGAUGAGUGAGAAAUGUGAGGUUUUACAGUACAGUGCGUGGGAAGCUGAAGAUGCAGAAAAGGUAGUCGAGGAUAUUCAGUACCUGAAGUACAACAAAGGCCCAUGGCUGGAUCAGGACGACCGCAAGUUGCACAACCUGAGGAUGCUGGUUCAGGAUAAGUUGGAGGUGCUGAAUUACACAUCCAUCCCUGUCUUCCUCCCCGAGGUCACCAUCGGUGCCCACCAGAGUGACCGGGUCUUCCAGGAGUUCACAGAGCUGCCAGGCCGCAAGUACCGUGCCGGGUACAACGAGGAUGUGGGGGACAAGUGGAUCUGGCUGAAGUGACGCCUCCCGGAGGCCGCCUCCUCGCAGUGACGAAGACACGCCCAGGGCCCCCCGCUCCUGGGCUCCGCCCACCUCAUGCUGGGGGCAGGGGUGCAAGCAUCGCACAGCGGACACUGGGUAGUCACGGGAGCGGACGGAAGCCCCCCAGUUAGGGGGCCCAGCUUCCUUCUGCAGCGCCGGUCCCCGGGCAACCAGCGUCCGCUGUGAGAGAGCAGGCGCCGCCCGGAGCAUCUCCUUCCCCACAGCCCGGCUGUGUCGGGCCCAGUCUGCGCCUGUGUCUUCAGACUUCGAGAAAUAAAACUGUUUCUGUGGC